AGUAAGACUCCGAGAAUUAGGUAGACUCUCCGAAUGAGUCUCAUCGUCGCCUUCGGUGUUUUCCCGGUUCUGAGGCUCUGUAUACUUGAAGCAUAUUGCCAAUUUGGUACAGUUGACGUAGCAUAUGCAGGCGGAUGGUGUGCCUAAUAGGUGGCAAUGCUUUGAUUUGACGAUAUUGUUAACCGUGCACAUAUAAGGGCUGAUAUUUCCGUUUCUCCAAGAGACGACAAAACCCCAACAAUAAAUCACAAUUCUCAUCUUCAUUCGAAAUAACAAUAACUUCAAAAUGAAAGUCAUCGUCACGGGAUCUACGGGAUAUGUUGGGAGUGAAGUAAUCCGGCAGGCGAUUGCCGAUGAGAGGAUCACCCACGUUUUCGCCCUAACCCGCAAGCCGCUCCCCGAAGAUCUCGCCAAGAGCCCUAAAAUCACCGUCGUCGAACACCAAGACUUCUCCACUUAUCCACCUGAGCUUCUAGCAAAGCUCGCGGGGGCCGAAGCUUGUAUUUGGACUCUCGGGGGUCGUGCGUAUCAAUUUCCAGAUGUAGAAACGGCUAGAAAGAUUUCGGUGGAUUACACUCUCGCCGCGGCGAAAGCCUUCAUCGAGCAGUUAGCGCCACAGCUGCCAGACCCUCAAAAGUUCCGCUUCUUGUUCUGUAGUGGGAAAUGGGCCGAGUGGGAUGAGAAGAAGAAUAUGAGAGUGUUCGCAGACACAAGGAGAAUCAAGGGACAAGUCGAGAAGGGCUUGUGUGACCUUGCAGACGCCAACCAGAAUAAAUUUGAGGUCUGGGCCGUGCGGCCUGGUGCCAUAACGAAAAGGCAUGCCGGCCUGAUGAAUUUACUCACGGCCAACACGUCUGGUUUCAUUGAGCUUGAUCAUCUGGCUAGAGCCAUGCUAACGAUCGUGGUCGAGGGUCACAAGAAUAGGAUUAUUGAGGCUGAGGAACUACUCAAGAUGUAAACAACAUUGAGGAUAGGUAGGUAUGCUUCGGGGGGUGGGUAAUGAGGUCUUGCUUAGGUUAAUGGUUACUUUCUGCUUUCGGGUCUGGGUAGCACUGGUUUUAGAUUGACGAUUUUCUGGGGGGAUGGCUGGAUACCUGCAUAGGAGACUUCCUGGGUCUCUACCUAGGUAGACUUAUUCAUUUUAAUAAUAAUAUGACGUUUUAACUGACUUUGAAACCAUAAAA